AUGCAACCUGCCAUGAUGAUGUUUUCCAGUAAAUAUUGGGCAAGACGGGGGCUUUCUUUGGACUCAGCAGUGCCUGAAGAACAUCAGCUACUCGACGACUUAACAUCAAGUAGCUUUUUCGAACUGAACAGAGCAAAUGAUAAGAAAGGCAACAAAGGUAGUGGUAAGAAUGAAGCUGCUGGGGAAAGUGAAAAGACUGCAGUCGUGUUUUCUCUGAAAAAUGAAGUUGGUGAAUUGGUAAAAGCCUUAAGGCUGUUUCAGGAAAAGCAUGUGAACAUGGUCCACAUCGAAUCUAGGAAAUCCAGGCGAAGAAGUUCUGAAGUAGAAAUCUUCGUAGACUGUGACUGUAGUAAAAAAGAAUUUAAUGAGCUUAUUCAGUUGCUGAAAUUUCAAACCACCAUUGUGACCUUGAAUCCACCAGAGAAUAUUUGGACAGAGGAGGAAGACCUAGAGGAUGUCUUGUGGUUUCCCCGGAAGAUUGCUGAAUUAGACAAAUGUUCUCACCGAGUUCUCAUGUAUGGUUCAGAGCUGGAUGCAGAUCACCCAGGAUUUAAGGACAAUGUCUAUCGACAGAGAAGAAAGUAUUUCGUGGAUGUGGCUAUGAGUUAUAAAUAUGGUCAGCCCAUUCCCAGAGUGGAAUAUACAGAAGAAGAGACUAGAACUUGGGGAGUUGUAUUCAGAGAGCUCACCAAACUCUAUCCUACUCAUGCUUGCCAAGAGUAUUUGAAAAACCUCCCUUUGUUGAUAAAAUACUGUGGCUACAGAGAAGACAAUGUGCCCCAACUUGAAGAUGUCUCCAUCUUUUUGAAAGAAAGAUCUGGCUUUACUGUGAGACCAGUGGCUGGGUACCUAUCUCCUCGAGACUUUCUAGCUGGAUUGGCUUAUAGAGUAUUCCAUUGUACUCAGUAUGUUAGACAUGGCUCUGAUCCACUUUAUACUCCAGAACCAGAUACAUGUCAUGAACUCCUGGGUCACGUUCCCCUACUGGCUGAUCCUAAAUUCGCUCAGUUCUCACAAGAAAUAGGCCUGGCCUCCCUGGGAGCUUCUGAUGAAGAUGUUCAGAAGCUUGCUACGUGUUACUUCUUUACUAUUGAGUUUGGACUUUGCAAACAAGAAGGGCAGCUUCGAGCCUAUGGAGCAGGGCUCCUUUCUUCCAUUGGAGAAUUAAAGCACGCACUGUCUGACAAGGCAUGUGUGAAAGCAUUUGACCCAAAGACAACUUGCUUGCAGGAAUGCCUUAUCACUACUUUUCAGGAAGCCUACUUUGUUUCUGAAAGUUUUGAAGAAGCAAAAGAAAAGAUGAGAGACUUUGCCAAGUCGAUAACUCGCCCCUUCUCUGUGUACUUCAAUCCUUAUACACAGAGCGUUGAAAUACUGAAGGAUACCAGGAGUAUUGAGAAUGUGGUCCAGGACCUCCGAAGUGAUCUGAAUACAGUGUGUGAUGCUUUAAGUAAGAUGAACAAAUAUUUGGGCAUUUGAGGCCAGGUUUUGCCAACCUCAUCUUUCUGUAUUUCAAUAGCAAAUGAAUCUACUUCAUAUUAUGCUAUUCCUUCUGUAGCAAACUGUUAUGUGCUAAAUCUUGGCUAGUUACCUGAAUCAUUGUGUAUCUACUUAAUUGCAAUUGCAGAUCAAAUAAAAUUAUGCUACUGUGUGAAGAAUAUAAUAAUAGACAA